AUGUGCGGCCGCCCCACCAACUCUGCUAUCGUCCCGACGGAAGAAGAGUUCGUCCCGCUCCGCGACCUGAUCUACGAUACCAGCGGUAUCUACCUCUCCGACUCAAAGCGGACCCUUGUUGCGUCGCGUCUGGCGCGGCGGGUCCGUCAGCUCGGGCUCCCAAACCUCUGGGAGUACUACCAACACGUCAGGUACAGCGACCCCGAUGGCGUCGAGCUGCAGCACCUGAUCAACGCGAUCUCUACCAACAAGACGCACUUCUUCCGCGAGCCGCACCACUUCGAUUUCUUGAUGCAGAAGAUGCUGCCGGAAAUCAGCGAGCGUGCGAAUCGCGGCGGCAGGCGGCGGCUCAGGAUCUGGUGCGGCGCCGCCUCGACGGGGCAGGAGCCGUACACGAUCGCGAUGUGCAUCGCCCACCACUUCGGCAAGGCGCUGGCUUCUUGGGAUGUCGAGGUGCUCUCAACCGACAUCAACACCAAGGUGCUCGACGAGGCCCGGCACGGCGUCUACGAAUCGACGCUGUUGAAGGAGAUUCCGCUCGAGUACCACAAGUCCUAUCUGCUGCGCGGGACCGGCGACUUCGCGGGUUGCUUUGCGGUUAAACCGUUCGUGCGAAAGCUGGUGCGUUUCGAGCGCUUCAACCUCACCGAAGACACCAUGCCGACCGGCAUCGACUUCGAUGCUGUGUUCAUCCGCAAUGUGAUGAUCUACUUCGACGCCGAAACGCAAGCUAGGGUUUUACGAACCGUUUCUUCGGCGUGCAAAGUGGGAGGUUAUGUCUUCCUGGGGCACGCCGAGAGUAACCACACAUCCGCCAACACACGCUUCGUCCCGUUGGGCAACACCGUCCUCACCAAGCUGCUCGGCGAGGAGCCCGAGCUCGAGGUUGUCGGCGCCGCCUCCGACCCGGAGAAGGCGUGGCAGAUGAUCCAACGGCUCGCCCCCGACGUGAUGACGCUUGACGUCGAGAUGCCGAAGAUGGACGGCGUCACCUUCCUCGAGAAACUAAUGGCCCACCGCCCGAUGCCUGUCGUGAUGGUCUCGUCGCUCACCGAGCGCGGCGCCGACGUGACGAUGCGCGCCCUCGAGGCGGGAGCGGUUGACUUCGUUUCGAAGCCGGCCAUGGACGUCGCCGCUCGCACGGCGGUCCUUGGCCGCGAGAUCCGCGAAAAGGUGAAGGCCGCCGCCACCGCACGCAUCCGCGGCCGGCGUCCGGCAAGGCCGGCGGCGCCGCGUCCCCGACCGUCGGGCCUGGGGUUCUCGGCGACACACAAGGUGAUCGCGAUUGGCGCCUCGACCGGGGGCACCGAGGCGCUGAUGGAGGUGCUCACCGACAUGCCCGCCGACUCGCCGGGCAUCGUCAUCGUGCAACAUAUGCCAGUUGGUUUCACGGCGUCCUUCGCCGAGCGUCUCAACGGCGCUUGCGCGAUCAACGUCCGCGAAGCCCGGAACGGCGACCGUGUCCAACAGGGCCGCGCGCUCUUGGCCCCGGGCGAUCAGCACAUGAAGCUCCAGCGGAGCGGCGCCACGAUGUCCGUGACGCUCCACUCGACGCCGCCCGUUAACCGGUUCCGGCCCUCGGUCGACGUGCUGUUCCACUCCGUCGCCCAGCAGAUGGGGAACAACGCCGUCGGCGUGAUCCUUACCGGCAUGGGUCGCGACGGCGCCAGCGGCUUGGUCGCCAUGCGGAACGCCGGGGCGCACACCAUCGCCCAGGACGAGGCCACGUGCGUCGUCUACGGCAUGCCGCGGGCCGCGUUCGAGGCAGGCGGCGCCGAGCGCGUGCUCCCGCUCGACAAGAUAUCUCGCGGCAUCCUCCAUGCCCUGCCGGGUUCACGGCCCACCGCGUUGACACGUUAA